CUGUUUCAUAUAGGGUGUUUUAGCUACAUACCUAAUAACUACUUUCAAUUAAAUGUUAUUAUGAAAUUCCAUCUACAAAUAUUUUUGUGCCUUUUCAUCACAGGAUCUGUAGUUUCCAGUGAUGAUGAUUGUAUCAGCAAAAUAGAAUUCAAUGCAUUUAAACAAACUGUAUUGAAACAACUUAGAAAUCUGGAGAUCGAAAACAAAGUGCAAGCGAAACUAAUAGCCAGUCAGGAAAGAAUGAUCUCCAGCCUUAAAGAAUCGCUCACAGGAAACGGCGAAACAUUAACCGAACUGAGCAGGGAAGAAAAUUCAACGAUAAAUUCUACGCUCGUCGAUAUGGCAACACCGCAAUUACCUCUAAAGACCAUAUUAUCAACCUCAUCGCUCAAGAGAAUGAAGCAACCAAAGGUAAGCAGAAUCACCGACGCCCCUGAGUACCCCAUUGCUUUCUAUGCAUAUCUAACUACACCUGAAGUAAAUCCUGGAGCGCAUCACAUAGUUGUCUAUGACCAUGUUAUGACGAAUAAUGGACAGGGAUAUAAUAAACACACGGGAUCCUUUACUGCUCCCACGACUGGAACUUACGUUUUCUCUUGGACGACAUUUGUUGAUCCACAUUCCCGUUUUCCGAUGGAGCUAACGGUUAAUAGCGCUAGAGCUGGCAUUGUGUUUGUACAAGGUGACACCACAUAUAAUGGAGUUACUGGUAUGGCCGUCGUUAAUCUUCAACUAGGAGACGCUGUAUAUGUAAGAUCUGAACCUGGAUACACUCCAGUUGGCAAUAUUUACAGCGAUCACAACACACAAACCUCAUUUUGUGGAUGGUGCCUAUCCUGCUAAAAUCUUUGACAGUUUGGAAUUAUUUGGAGAUUUUGUAAACUUUCUAUAAUAAUCAAGAUUUAUAAGUCCUUUAAGAUGUACAAUGUAUGAAGAUCUGACAUUUUAAAAGUUUGAAAUUAUUUGGAGAUUUUGUAAACUGAAUAAUAAUCAAGAUUUAUAUAUC